AUGGGUAUCUUACCUUUCCUCACUAGCAUAACUCGCGUCCUCUGUGGCGGCCCGCCUCUUGUACCGGAAAAUGAGAUUCCACCCCCCGUACCGGAAAAGGGACCUGUGCAUGUGCCGUACCGGAGACCUACCAACCGAAAGCAACGGUCUCCGACUGGACCGCCGCCACCGCCACCAAGGCCUCUUCAACAGCAAAAACCUACUGUAACUCAACAGCAGCGAUCUUCUCCACCGUCACCGCCACCACCGCCGCCAACUUCAAGGCCUCUUCGAAAGCAACGGCCUCCUCCACAGCACUCGUAUACUCCGGCACAAACUCCUCCUCCACAGUCGGCUCAUCAGUAUCCACCUACGCAACAAACGCAUAUUCCGACCGAGCAGCCUGCAUACGGAUGGGAGGAGAAGCAGAGGCUGCGAUACCCCCCACUCAGGCCGUCGCCGUCAAGGCCUCUUCGACAGGAAACUUCGCCACCUCAACAACACUCGUAUCCUCCAGCGCGAUACCCAGCUGGAUACGCGGCUGAUCAGGAAAACCCUUCUAAACAAACACAUAUCCAGACCGAGCAGCCUGUAUACGAAUGGGAGGAGAAGCAGAGGUCGCAUGAUGAGAGGCAUAAGCGGCAUGAGAGUGAAGGGGUGGAAUCGUACGGUAUAGGAACAGCACUUGGGAUGCAUGACCUAUCGUCGUCUCCGGAACCUAUGACAGGGCGGUCUGACGCAGGCGCAGGAGCUUUUUGGCGCGAACUGUCGCUAUCCCCAGAACCUCUGAGUGGGUGUGGACGAGAGCGUUCUGACACAGGAAUAGGAGCUUUCUGGCUUGACCCAUCACCAUCUCCAGAACCUGUGAGUGUGGGUGGACGAGGGCGGUCUGGCGCGGGAACAGCAGUUGUGAUGCAUGAGUUAUCGCCGUCUCCGGAACCUCUGAGUGUGGUUGGAAGAGGGCGGUCCAGCGCAGCAGCAGGAGUUACACGGCAUGAAAUAUCAACAUCUCCGGAGCCUGACCGUAACCAAAUUAACCAACAGAGCCCAUAUUACGCCUCCUUACGCGCACUCGCGAACGAAGAAGGCGACGCCAUGGCGAGAUGUUUCGAGGAGAGCCAUCAGUUGUUUGCGACUGGGGAUAGGGCGAGGGCGAAGCAGUUGAGUAAUGAAGGGAAGAAUCAUAAGGCUGAGAUGGAAAGGUUGCAUAGUGAUGCGAGCGCCUGGAUUUUUAGAGAAAAUAACCUGCCUGGCAAGAUCGACCUGCACGGCCUCUACGUGAAGGAAGCCAUAGCCUUCACAGAAAAAUACAUUCAAGAAGCUCGUCAACGUGGAGACUCUACCAUACAUCUCAUCGUCGUGACACUCCACAUAACCACCAACACUCAAGCUGGUUUCGAGUCUAUCUGA